UGACCUUUAAUAUCUCGAAAACUCACAAAUAUAAUUUUCAGUUAAUAUAGUCAAUUAAAACCAAAUUUCAUUUUCUUUAAAUUUUUAGCAAUGAUUUAGUCUCAGAACCGUUCUUAAAAAACUUCUACAGUCUGCUCUUCAAUGUUGUAGAGUAACCCAAAUUUCAUCAGUGCGGAAUGUCAGCUGAAAUAGCUCAAAAAUCAGAGAAAUGUCUGGAUGUUAGCCAAAGUCAAGAACAUGUCAGGAAUGUGAAGAGAGUAAGGGUUUUAUACUGAGUGGUGUCCUUUUAACUUAAAACCUUGAGAACUAAUUUUCACAAAACGACACAAAAAUCUGCACAUUUCAUGGCACUUUGUUAGUUUAAUAACAUAUUUUGUGUGCUGUCAUAGAAAUUUAGGUAAAAUACAUUCUAAUAUUCUAAGAGUGCAUGAAUAAACCAAUCAGAAUUAAGCAAAGCAGUUAAUGAAUACUCAUACUACUGCAGAUCAUUAAAAGCAGAUGGUGAAAUUAGAAGGAUAGUUUUUGCAUCCUGGUAUACAACCUUUUUCUUAUCAUAAUGAGGUGGAUUCUCUUUGUGUUGUAUGGUUUUACACUAACUGGUUUGAGCAACAUGGCUAAAAAGAGAAACAAGAUGCCCAGAAAGCUUGGUUUUUGGAACAUGCUUCAAAAAAAGACAUACACAAGAAAUUGUUCACUAGGUAGAUCUGCUGUGGUAUGGGAGAUUUUAUCAGACAAAUUUUAUCCUGUUUACAAACAAUAUGAAUUGACUGUUCCAGUGAAAUGUCCAUUCCACUCUGAAAGGAACAUGUAUUAUCAUGUGGAGCUGAACAAAGAAAAAUUAUCUAAUUCAAAUUGGAAAUGUAAUAUUUGUGGUAAACAUUUCUUUGGUGAGGAUUUCCUAUAUUAUCACAUGGAUCGAAAACAUAGAGAGAAAUUUCAAACUAAGAAGGAACAUAUAUGUUUGGCAGAUUACUGCGAUAUAUUUAGGUGCAACUUACAUAGCCAAUAUCCAGUUGUAAGAAGUAAUUUUGGACCUUGCAACGAUAAGUCUGUGCGGAAUCUACAAAGAAAAUGUGAAAAUUUGCUGACCCAGUGUCUUCCAGACAAAAUGCAUCAUUUUGUUUAUGAUGCACUCUUUACUUCAAUUUGUUCAACUUUGACAUGUGACGACUUUUACACACAAUUUGAAGAUAUAUCUUUGCUCACUGUUUUGAAGUGGUUCCUAGCUGUAUCAUUUAGUUUUUUUAUUUUGUGUUAUCUAUGUUCAGUGUGUUGGGAAAAUUGGGAGGAAGAAGUCAAUGAUACUGAUAAAAAACGCAAAGAUGAAAUAGAUAUGUUUGCUUUAGCAACGUGGCAAAAGAACAGAUAUGAAACAUACCACAACCUUAGACGACGCUAAUCAACAAUUGUAAAAGCUGGUUAAAGUGGCAACAGCAAGCAGUUGUUUCAUCAGUUAACAAUUGUUCCACAUACAUCUUAUUACCAUUUAACAUUUUAUAAAAGAUAACAUGGUAAUUUUAUGUUUCAGGCUGAUUAGAUAAUGAAACAUGCUUCCACUUUCCCUAAAUGAUGUCUGUCAAAUUGUGAAUAAGAGGAAUAAACAACGAAUAAACGCACAUUUGAGAAGCUUUCUUUCUUAAAGAAUUUUAUAUUCAACUUUUUAGGUUAAAUUUAAUGUUGGCCCUUUUUUAAUUUCGCUACGAUCUACAAUUUUAUCAGUAUAUAUAUAUGUAAAUAUAUUUACUAUGUUUUGUUUAAAAUGAAAUCAUGUAGGGUUUAUUAUUUUUUUAUUAUUUUUGUUCCCACUGGCAUCUUAUGGAAGAAUAACACACAACUUUAGAGUUUUAGUGAUUCCAACGCAGACUAACCAUUUCAGUUAAAUUUUGUAUAUUUGCACAAUACAUAAGCUUAGAUUUUUGAAAAUCUGUAUAGAAUUGGGAUGUUUCUGUACAAAUAUGAUUUAUUGAUUUUUAUGGCCAUCACAAACAAUAGGGUAGUGGGAAGCUUUAAUUUAGUAUGUUGCAUCAGGGAAGUCUCAUUUCUCUCUAGUGUUUUUAAGAAUUUUUUUGGACAGUGGUUUAUAAUAACUUUCCAAAAUGUAAAAGUUAAAAUGAUGUCUUGGUUUUCUUGGGUUUUUUUGAUUGCUUAAACUUUCAUGUAUUGCCCAUCUCCUUUCUUCCUCCCCUACAAGCAAAUUGUUAAGGAAUUUUAUAGAGGGAUUGUUUUUUUUAAUUGUGUUGCAGAAUGGAGCUCAGAUGUUGCUUAAAUACU